AUGGCAGUCGAAGUAUCGAAGGUAGCAUCGACCGUGAAGGUGAUGGUCGAGCUAGGUCUUCUACGCCUUCGCAACGCGACGGUGAGCGCACUGGAGCGAAGGAACACACGACCAAGAAGCGAGCGCAUGAUCGAGAUGCCAGCAGCGGCGGUGGAUCUUUGGGGCAGGGAGGUACGAAUGACGCAGCUGAGGAGCCUGAUGCUCAAGGCACUGCCAGUGCACCUCAUAGACCUGCCGUCAAGAGACGGCGCCGCUUCGACCGAACCCCGUCGCCGGGCACCAUGCUGCCGCCCGCACCGCCACCCAGGCCCUCCAUGCGUCUUGCUCUGAAGGCGACUCCUCUUGACCGCCCAACGGAAGAUGACAAAGACUACCUGAUCGACGUUCACGAGACGAUGCUCGAAAGUCUAAAGGGAAGCGGCGGUCUUUGGGCUGUUUAUUGGCUGGAAAAGGCAAAAGCAGGUCAAGACCCUUCCACGGUGGCUGUGGGCGCCAACAAUGAUCCCCGACAGGCGAGUGGGAGCAGCCACGCUGCUUCGACCUCGACUUCUGCCCUAGCGCCUCCAGCUUCUGUUCCAGCGCCUCCUGGUAAUGAGGGCGUGGAUGACCUUCCACCCGAGCUCCGAGGGUUGCUGAACAGGCAUCAACCAGAUGAAGCAGCAGCAGCAGCAGCACCAAGGCAGAGGAGGAAGCGAGUGGAUGGGGAUAACAAAUACGACGUCAAGGACGACUUCGUCGAUGAUUCCGAGCUGCUCUACGAUGAGCCCACUCACAGAGGCCGGCCUCAAGUGGAGGGCUUUCACGUCAGUAUCGGGCCAGUGAUGCUGAUUGAAGAGCCGAAAAAAUCGACGAGAGGCCCAAGAGCAAAAGCUAUACGCGCGACCGGUGUCGAAGGAACAGACUCGGCCACAGAGGCAACAGGCACCACGAAUGCGCACACGCUUGCCGCGAACUCUGCAGCUUCCGUCGCUGCAGCUGGAGUCUACUACGGCGCUGGGUCUAGCACGGGAGCAAGUGGCAGCACGACGAAUAUGUCGUACUUUGCCAACCGUAUGUUUGCGAAGUAUGCUCUGGACAAGGAUCUGCUUCCUUCUUUGCCUCCUCAGAGUGAUGAUGACGCCAAGAUGAAAUCAUCUCGAAGCAGCAGUGCUAUGGGCAUGGAUAGUCUGCUGAAUGGCUCUCACGCAGCAAGAGGCCAGUCUUCUCCCGGCACACAGGCGGAUCCCAUCACUUUUGUGGAUGUGGACGGCGACGAUGAAGAUGACAAGCCAGCUCGCAAUCAUUACAAGGAGAUCCUCGACCGUAGCAACCACUUGGGUCUCACGAAAACCAACAAGAAUCCUGUAGCCGCAGUCGAUCCGAGGUUCCAGGUCGCCAUCAACAAGUUGAAGGAACAGAUUGAUGCUACAGAUUGGAGUAACAAAAGCAAAUUUCCACCUAGCCUCAGACCACCGCUGGUGGACUUUGCCGGAUUGGCGGUGCAGCUUGGAGAGUACAACGACAACUUCUUCCAUUGGCUUCCCAAUCUCUUCCCAUACAAUCGCUUCACCAUGCACGUAAGUCGCCUCGACCGACGUUGCUCAAUCGCGUUGUCCCGGCUCGUCUAGUGAUCUGACAUCUUCUCAUAUCUGUCGUCUCAGAAACUCACCAAGCGCGAGUUUCAUCUCAAGCACAUCGAAAUGUUUGCUGAGCUGCAGUCGGAGCACAUGGACAGGCUCAAGACGCUCGUUGAAGCUGCCAUGCCAGAGCACCAGCAAGCCUAUGAGGCUGCCCUCGCAGGCUGGCGUCAUCGAGGCUCUCCAGACCCUAUGGACUCGUCUGGCACGAACGGGCCUGACGAUGCCAAUCACGCGAGCCCUGAAGAAGGUGAGGAGACAACGCUGCGAGGCCCGUUUGUGUGCGCUCUUGUCUGAUUCGUCGGUGAGACGAUCGCGCCCUUUUCUUUAGCAGGUCCGCCAGAGAAGAAGUGGCGCUGGUCAGAUCAGAUGAAAUACGAGGUGGCCAUUUGUGUCACCAUCGAUGAUGCUAUGAGCGAGCUGACAAAUGAGAAGAUGUGAGUGCGAUGCAGAUUACAACGUUUGGCUGGCCGAACAUCGUGCCGAAGAGGAAAAACUGACACGAGAAACUCCAGUGUCAUCGAGGGGGGCGAACCCAAUUCAUCUAACAUUUCAUCCCGAAAGAUGCUUUGGGCAAGGCUUGCAGAGCUGUGGCCGGAACAAGGAUGGGCCACUUCGACCAGCAUCUCCAAAGAGUGUGAGUAAAGGACGGCGCGAGGACCUUUGUGUCUUGCCAUGCUGACUUUGAGAGUAUACUGGAUCAGAUGCGCUUAUCAAACGCAGAUUGGAUCGCGCCACUGGAAGUGCUGUAGAGGCGUCUGGUUGA